CAGACCGCAGAGAAGAGUAGAGCAGAGCAGAUUUCACCGACUGACCGGAGGUCAUGAACGCGUGAACGUGAAUGGCUUCUUCGAGGUUUGAAUUAAAUCUCAUGCUCAGGCCCACUCAGGCCUCAGGCGCGAACUGUGUGUACGGAAGUAGUGACACUCGUGACGACAUUAUUCGUAUUGUUAUUGUUAUUGUUUUUGUUGUGUUGUCAUUUGGGCCAACACGACCGACUCAAAUAGCGCAUGGAAUUCAGCAAUUUUACCAGCUCAAGCGGUGUCUCCUGUCAAUUUAGUGGGUUUCAGGGUAGAGAAUCGCGAUGAAGGCGGUGGAGCAGCAGCAGCCAAACUCCAUGGACUCAAGCGACUCUGUAAACGGAGGAAGUGAAUAUGCAUAUCGACCACUAACAACGAAACACAGAAGAGCUGGAAGUACGGGCACCACAGGAGAUGAAGAAUAUACCACAGAUGAGGAUGAAUUCUAUGGGGACGAGGCUGAUUGUUCAGGUCCAUCACUACAUCCUCCACAUCCCAUUUUAAAAUCCGAUCUUGCUCGAGCUGCAACCGAUCUUUUUGGUUAUGCCGAAAAACGCGAUGAUGAUAAUGAGGAACCCACAAGUCUGUUCGACGAGGACGAAAAAUUCUCUCCUGAUAGCUCCACCAAGCCAUUAUCGCUCUACACCUACAACGAAAAUCUCCUACCUCGCGGUGUGGUCGUGAGACAUCGAAGUUCCAAUUCCACUUCAAAAGAGGCCGACCAUCCAAAAGACAAAUCACCAAAGCAAUUCGACUCUAAGGACAAAAGUAAUUUCAAUCAAAUUGAAAAGGAAGGGGCAAUUAAAACUGGCAGUGGGGAGGAAAAAAAUGAAUGCGGCUCGGACUUGAAAAAUCAAAAGAGGACGAGGACUUUGGACGGUAUAUUGAGUGAGGAUGCAACCACAAGUUUUCCUGAGUCAGGGGGUUCAUCGUCCGACCUUAGGCAGAGUGAAAAUCACGAAACAAGUCCGAGAAAGUUUCCUGCUCGUGAUGAGAGCCAACUAUUCAUCAAAUCUGAGAUGGAGAGGGACUUUUUCCCAAUUAGAACUCGAAGUGGAACUCCUCCUUCACCUUCGACUCUGCAAUGGGGCAGAGCAGUGGCGGAGGUGAAAGAACAAGCGGUGGCUAAACUUCAAGACGAAUUAAAAAGGGCUCAUGAAGAAUUAAAAUUAAAAGACGAGGAGGUCGCUCGACUUUCGCGGAUUCGUCAAGACGUCGAGGCUGAACUCGAGGAACUCACUGCCAGCCUUUUUCAAGAAGCCCACAAUAUGGUACGAGAAGCAAAUGUCCAAAAAGCGACAGCAGAGCGUCUCCUGGAGGAAAGUCGAAUGAAAGCCGAAGUUCUCGCGGCUGAGGUUCAAGCUCUGAAGACCCUGGUUUUGACCUCAACUCCAGCGCGUCCAAAUCCCCACCUGCAUCCACAAAUCGACACCAGGAGUCGAAAUUCUGGCAGCAACGAAGACUGCCAACCUGGCCUUUUCACAAAAAAACACAGAAGGUCGCCCUCGCACUUCAAUUUAAAAUACGGGAGGGAAAAUUCACCCCCUGACUCUCCGCAGAAAGAGCAGCGAAUUUCACUUCCUUGUGAGAAAAAUUCUUGUGACGGUCAGUGGGAGAGGGAACGGGAAAAAGAUUGGGAAAGGGAGAGAGAAAGGGAGAAGGAGAGAGAAAAGGAGAGCAAGGAUUCUGGCCUGGAAGUCGAUCCGAGAGUCCACGCAGAGUUCCUGCAAUGGAAAACGAAUCCUUGUGUCGAUAAAAGUGAUCCUUUUAUUGAAAGAAUUUUCCGGGAGGAUAUCGAUCUAUGUUUGGACUUUCCGAAUCUCGAACUGGGUGCGAAAGUUAGACAAGCAGUUCUUGAUGGAAUCAUUUUCAUCGAAGCUGUUAGUGACAAAACUAAGCUCGCUUUUCCAAAAAAAUGUGCUUUGCUCGAAGCGCCUAGACAGUGCCACUACCGCAUGAGAUUAGGGGAUCAGGAAAAUCAGUCGCACUGUAUUUCCCAAAUUUGCCGCAAUAGGAUAAUAGCAGUAUGCGAUUUUUUAAACUACCUACGAUAUAUUGAACGCGGUCUCGUCAAAAGUUCAGUCCAUGAUAUUUACUGGGAAAUCACUCGCCUCAGGAAGGAAAUGAUUUUCGCUCGAUUGGGUUUGGCUUUAUCCUCCUAAAUCCAAAAUGUUUUCUAGUCCUCGAAUCUCGGUGCAAUCUCAAAUCUCAACGACCCUUCUCUCAAAUUGAGGUCUUGUUGAAAACGAUAUUAACGAGGCUGUGAUGCCAAAAAAAGGAAUCAAAACUCGAUUCUAAAAAUAUCUUCGCGUACUUUGUAAAUACAAAAUCUGUACGCUUUAAAAAAAAUAAAAAUUUUUUUUUUUAAAUUUCAUUUAAUUUGUAGAAUUGAUAUGAAAUUCAGGACGCUUUGAAAAUUCGAGCGCCCGGGAAUCAAAACCAAAAUUGUAAAUACUGAAAGAAAGUCUCAAAAUCGAAUUUGUAUCCGACUAAGGAAUAUCAUUAUAAUUUGUAAAUAAGAGUGUAUCAAUUGUUGUUAACUUAGAGAUGUUUAUACAAGAAAAAUAGUGGACCAUGUGAAUUUUGGAAUAAAAAUUUGGCAUGUAUAUUUAAAAUGAGUGAAAAAUGGAGAAAUUAAGGAAAAAAUGGGGAAAGUUCUUGCUCUUUACUUGAGACUAUAAUGUCUUUUUAGGAUGCAAGUUUGCCAAUUGCUUUUAUAUCAAAACAUCGAAACGUACCUGUAGUGAAUUGGAAUUAAAUAAUUAAUUAAUUAAUUAAUUUGUAAUCUGUAUGAAUGUAACCGACAUUCCGAAUGAUUCAUUACUUUAAAAUAGUAUCUCGAUUGUCUUCCGAGGAAUUAAUGGUUUUUUUAUUUCUAAAUAAUUUUGUCUCUUUGUUGAGAAAUGUUGAGAAUUGUAUAAUUUAGAAAAGAUCUGAGUCUCAGUGACAGUAGAAUAUUAUUAUUUCGUGGAUGUUGAUUGUGUGACGAAUGCAUGCAUGUCGAAAAUUUUGUUGUAUUUAUGAAAGAAUAAAAAUUAUUAAGCAUGA